CAAGAAAAGAUGGUUUGGUUAUUUCUACUUGCUUGCAUCUGAGUACGAUCUAUUUGGGCAUGAUAGUUACAUGUACUUAAAUUGUGAUGAUUUUGAAGCGGUUUUUACAUUCACCAAGCUGACAGGUGUUGUCAUCACUUCUUAUAUAAUGUUUUUGUAUGAGCAAAUUAAGAAAGAGCAAAUACAUGAUCGUGGAAUAUGUUUUAUGAACCCGUCUGUAAUUUCGCGGGCUGGUCAACGCAAACCCAAACCCAAACCCAAACGCAUCGAGGAUGCAAGUAGAGCGGUUGCAGAUCGAUUGUAUAAAAGAAAGGGCAAUGACAUCAUCCUAUUGCCCUACAACCCCGGGGCAAUGGCCGUGUAUGCUUCAGAAAGUGGUGCCAACAUAAGGGUUAAACUCGUAUGGAUUAACGCUAGGUGUCCACGUCAGCCAGGAGGUACUGAAUGCGGCUACUAUGUGAUGAAGUUCUUGAAGGAGAUAGCUUACGAAGGAGUUGAAAUACUUGACAAUGAUAAUGUUGGGAAAGGAGUAGAAGAAUACUCGGCUGUGGAUGGCAUUCGUGAAGAUUGGUCGACUUAUGUGGUUAACUCUAUUUUUAAGUUAUAA